AUGCAGCGUCAUAGCAGCACCUACGUUGUAAAGCGAGAUGGGAGGAAGGAGACUGUCCACUUCGACAAAAUCACGGCGCGUAUCCAGAAAUUGUCUUACGGACUGAACAUGGAUUAUGUCGACCCGGUGCUAGUGGCAAUGAAAGUCAUUGGAGGCCUUUACAAAGGAGUUUCAACAGUGGAGUUGGACAACCUUGCUGCAGAAACUGCUGCUUCGAUGACCACGCAACAUCCCGACUAUGCCAUUCUUGCAGCUAGAAUCGCCGUUUCAAAUUUGCAUAAGAAAACUGGCAAGGUGUUCUCCGAAGUCAUGACGAAGUUGUACAAUUUUCACCACCCUCAAACAGGCGAACACUCUCCAAUGAUUAGUAAAGAAACAUACGACAUCAUCGUGAAGCAUGCUGAGAGGCUCAACUCGACCAUUGUUUAUGAUCGUGACUUCUCUUAUACCUACUUUGGCUUCAAAACCCUUGAGCGUUCUUAUCUCUUGAAAAUCAACAAAGAGGUUGGUUUGCGAAUUGUCGCGGAACGCCCUCAGCAUAUGCUUAUGCGAGUCGCUAUUGGAAUUCAUGGGGAGGACAUUGACGCAGCCAUUGAGACAUACAAUCUGAUGAGUGAACGAUAUUUCACUCAUGCCUCUCCCACGUUGUUCAAUGCGGGAACGAAGUGGCCGCAGCUGUCCUCAUGCUUCCUUCUGACGAUGAGCGAGGAUUCGAUUGCGGGUAUCUACGAUACUCUGAAGCAAUGUGCAUUGAUCUCUAAGAGCGCUGGAGGAAUUGGUUUGAAUGUUCACAAUAUCCGAGCUACUGGAUCUUUGAUAGCGGGAACUAAUGGCACAUCGAAUGGCUUGAUUCCCAUGCUUCGUGUGUAUAACAACACUGCGCGGUAUGUGGACCAGGGCGGUAACAAACGCCCAGGAGCGUUCGCAAUCUACUUGGAGCCGUGGCAUGCAGACAUUUUUGAAUUUGUUGCUCUGAAAAAGAACACUGGUCCUGAAGAGGAACGUGCACGUGAUCUGUUCUACGCGCUAUGGAUACCUGAUCUAUUUAUGAAGCGAGUGGAACGUGAUGAAGAUUGGUCUCUGAUGUGCCCUCAUGAAUCGCCUGGACUCCAUGAGUGUUGGGGAGAGGCUUUCGAGGAGCUCUACACUAAAUAUGAAUCAGAAGGUCGUUAUCGUAAGCAAGUGAAAGCUCGCAAACUUUGGGAGCAUAUCGUGUCCAGUCAGAUUGAAACUGGAACGCCUUACAUCUUGUACAAAGACGCCUGCAAUCGAAAGAGUAACCAACAAAACUUGGGAACAAUAAAGUGUUCUAACCUGUGUACGGAGAUCGUAGAGUACUCGAGCAAGGAUGAAGUAGCAGUAUGCAAUCUUGGUUCGAUUGCUCUUAACAGAUUCGUCACAGAGGAUAAGAAGUUUGACUUCAAUAAGCUGCAUGAGGUUGCUAAGGUACUAACGCGUAAUCUGAACAAAAUCAUCGAAGUAAACUAUUACCCUGUUGAAGAGGCGCGCCGCUCGAACUUCCGUCAUCGGCCAAUUGGUCUUGGAGUACAGGGUCUUGCUGACGCCUUCAUGCUGAUGCGCUAUCCAUUCACAUCACCUGAGGCUCGUGAUCUGAACAGAAGAAUCUUCGAGGUUAUCUAUUACGCCGCACUGGAGGCAUCUUGUGAACUCGCUGAGAAGCUUGGGCCUUAUGAGACGUACGAAGGCAGUCCUGUAUCCAAGGGAAUCCUUCAGUUCGAUAUGUGGAACGUAAAGCCAACAGAUCAGUGCGAUUGGGAUACUCUUAGGCAGAAGAUCAAGAAGCACGGUGUUCGUAACAGUUUGCUGAUUGCUCCUAUGCCAACGGCAUCAACGGCUCAAAUUCUUGGCAACAACGAGUCUAUUGAGCCUUACACUUCGAAUAUCUACAGUCGAAGAGUGCUUUCCGGUGAUUUCCAAAUUGUCAAUCCGCAUCUGCUGAAGGACUUGGUAGAUCUGGGGCUUUGGGAUGAUGACAUGAAGAAUGAGCUGAUCGCGAGCAACGGAUCGAUCGCAAAGAUAUCCGGAAUUCCCGAUCACAUCAAGCGACUUUACCAGACAGUGUGGGAGCUACCGCAGAAGGACAUAAUCGAAAUGGCGGCGGACCGUGGAGCUUUCAUCGAUCAAUCGCAGUCGUUGAACAUCCACAUCGCUCGUCCAAGCUACGCAAAUAUCACAUCCAUGCACUUUUAUGGAUGGAAGAAGGGCUUGAAAACUGGCAUGUAUUAUUUGCGCACGAAGCCAGCAGUGAAUGCAGUACAGUUCACUGUUGACAAGGAAGCUCUGAAGGCACGAGAACAAAAAGACCAGGCGGUUGGUAUUUUUGAAGUUUUCUGA